CCAGCUAUGAAAAGCUUUGCUGGAAACCAAAAAAUUUUCUUCCCCUUUGUUUCUUGAAUUCUUGUCAGAUCUCCUAAAUCAUAAUCCAGACUAUCAAAAAUCCCACCAGACCUCUUGAGAUUUUCCCUCCUUGCUCCCUUGUCUUCUUCACUCUAUGGAAGGCAGGAAGGCAGAAUUUUUGUUGACUAACCGAUAUCCCAUUCCGAGCUGGAUUCCUAUAGCCUUUUAGCAGCAAAGCGAAAACGAAUGAGUGAAAAGGUUCGCAAAAUGAGAUCAUAUUCAGCUUUCCAUGGUGGACCAAUUUGUCGUGAUAUUUAAAAUGAAGAUUUUUUUUUAAAAUCAUGAAUGUGCUGGAAAGUCAUGCGGUUUUACCAUGCUUAUGACAACUACAUGACCUAUGCAUUUCCGCAUGAUGAGCUGAAACCUCUGACCAAAACUUUCACAGAUUCGCUUAGUGAGCUUGGAAAUCUGAAGCUGGAAUAUCUACCAGAACAGUACAAAGGAUCAGCUCUCUCACUUAUAGAAUCAUUAUCCAGCCUUGUUGUCCUGGGUAACCAAACUGAGUUUGAGAAAGGAGUUUUUUGGCUGUCUGAAAAUCUGACAUUUGAUGUUGAUGCAAGGAUAAAUCUUUUUGAGGGCAACAUAAGAGUUCUUGGAGGACUUGUUUCUGCUCAUAUACUUGCAACUGAUUCUACAAAAAACAGGUUAGUUCAAGGAACUUAUAAGAAUCAGCUCCUUGAUCUGGCUGAGAAUUUGGGAAGGCGCUUUUUACCUGCAUUUGAUACUCCAACUGGAUUGCCAUAUGCUUGGAUUAAUUUAAAGUAUGGAGUAAUGGAGAAUGAGACUACUGAAACGAGCACAUCUGGCUGUGGGUCUUUGAUCCUUGAAAUGGGAGCAUUGUCACGUUUAACUGGUGAUCCAAGAUUUGAGUCCGCUGCUUUGCGUGCUCUUCGUAAGUUGUGGAGCAUGCGGAGUUCGUUAAAUCUUCUUGGUACUACCCUGGAUGUGGUGACUGGAGAAUGGAUAGAACACUCAUCUGGAAUUGGAGCUGGGGUUGACUCAUUCUAUGAGUACCUUCUUAAAGCUCACAUUCUUUUUGGGAGGGAUGAGUUUUGGAGGAUGUUUCAGGCUGCUUACAUUGCUGUACAGAGAUAUUUUAGACAUGGCCCAUGGUAUCAUGAAGCUGAUAUGAGAACAGGAAAAUCAACCUAUUGGCAGCUUACAAGCCUGCAAGCAUUUUGGCCGGGUCUCCAGGUGCUUGUUGGGGACAUUCCAGCAGCUAAUUUGUCACACCGAGAGUUCUAUUAUGUCUGGAAGAAAUAUGGGGUACUGCCAGAGAGAUAUCUUUUGGAUCAUAUGAUGUUGCACCCCACAGAAAAAUACUAUCCUUUGCGCCCCGAGUUUGCAGAAUCCACAUUUUACUUGUAUCAAGCAACCAAAGAUCCUUGGUAUAUGGAAGUGGGUGAAUUGAUUGUAGAUUCUCUUAAUCUAUACGCUAGAGUUGAAGGUGGUUUUGCAAGUAUUAGAGAUGUGACGAGUAUGGAAUUAGAAGAUCAUCAACAUAGCUUUUUUCUUUCUGAAACGUGCAAGUAUUUAUAUCUUCUUUAUGAUGAUUCGUUUUUGGGCGACCGUAAUUACAUCUUCACUACUGAAGGCCAUCCUCUGCCAGUUUUAAGCUCUUGGCGUGAGAAGCUUCCUGAGGCUUAUAUUCCAAGUAACUGGACGUAUGUUAAGAGUGAAGAGCAAGUAAAACGAGCAAGUGCAAUGUCAAUGCGAGUUUGUCCAGCCACUGCACUAGAAUGCGGGCAGGGUCAGCCACGGGUGGAGAGUGCUUGCCACAUUCCUGACUCUCGUGCAGACCAUAGAUGCUUUAAUGACGAUGACUGUGGUGUUGAUUCCAGCAAUUGCAGACGUAGAUCAUGCAGUAUUGCUGGCUACUGUGGCCAAUGGUUGUUCAUUUGAAAACGUGAAGAACCUGCAAUUUUUAAGCGAAGAUUUAAACAAAGGUGAUGUUGUUUAGUUUGAUAAAAGCUGAUUUCAGAUAUAUGUAGGCUCACAAGUUGGUAAAGCAUACACCAUUUUGUCACAUAUCAGAAGCAAAAGAGCACAUACACAUGUAUAAUACAAUGAUCUGCAACCUGAACAAUUUUGUAUCAUAAUUAAUAGAGCAGAAAUUUCAUUUCACAGCGUCUUACAGGCUAAGUGUACUCAUUUGUUGCUGUCAGGAACUAAAGAAUACACUGAGAAGAAUGAAUUAGUCAAUUUCAACAUCUUCAAUUCCCCUGUUGACA